ACUGUGGCGGAGUGGGUCGAAGCUAAUUGGUACUUGAUAUCUUGUUAUCUUUUCUGGCAGAUUUUAUUUUUGUUGUCAUUCCUACCAGGCUAUUUGGUAUGGUGGAACAAAAUAUUUUAAUGAUUUUAUAAUUUGCUCAUAAGUCAGAUGGCAGAAAAUUAUUACAGGGAAAUAUGACAUCUAAUGUUUCUUUCAGUCACUGAAGAUCUUGUUAGAAGACGUGCAGAACAUAACAACUGUGAAAUUUUUUCACUGGAAGAAAUCUCUUUACAUCAGCAGGAAAUAGAAAAGCUAGAGCAUCUUGACAAAUGGUGUCGAGAUUUAAAAAUUCUCUAUCUUCAGAAUAACUUAAUUCCAAAAAUUGAAAAUGUGGGCAAACUAAAGAAGCUGGAAUAUUUAAAUGUGGCUUUGAACAACAUUGAAAGAAUUGAAAAUCUGGAAGGCUGUGAAGACUUGAAGAAACUUGACCUGACCGCAAAUUUCAUUGGUGAACUCUCCAGUAUUGAAUCCCUAAAAUGCAAUAUUCAUCUGAAGGAAUUGUUUCUAAUGGGUAACCCAUGUACUGAAUUUGAAGGUUAUAGACAAUUUGUAGUGGCAACUCUUCAUCAAUUAAAAUAUUUGGAUAGUAAAGAAAUAGAACGUUCAGAGAGGAUUAAAGCACUUCAAAACUAUCCAGAGGUGAAAAGGAAAAUCAGAGAACAGGAAAGAACUUACCUUCUCAGAAGGGCCAGAGAAAAGGAAGAGGCUCAAAGAAGGAUGCAAGAAAGAAAGGAUGAGAAACAGAAACAAAUGGACUCUAAGCUUGGAUUUGACAGCCCAGACUCCUUACAGGGAAAACCCAAUCAUGCAGAAGGAGAUGGAGAGCAGGAAAGAUGCAGAGCAGUUGAAAAUGAUGAUGAAGACAGAAAAUUUUGGGAGGAGCCUACACCAUACACUCCGGAAUCUAGAUUAGAAACUCACAGAUAUAUUGAGGAAAAACGGAGAGCUAAAGACAAUAUAAGGGAAUCAAAAAAGAGAGAGAAGACUUCUUGGACACUGGUCACUGCAGAAGGAAAAGUUCUGAAUGUGAAUGUGCCUAAGCUUCAUUUCUCUUUGAAUGAUGAUGAAGAAAACAACCAGAUCAUCUUGGAUCUCGCUGUUUACAGAUAUUUGGACACUUCUUUACUUGAUGUUGAUGUGCAGCCAACUUACAUACGAGUACUGGUGAAGGGAAAGCCAUUUCAGCUUGUGCUCCCUGAGGAAGUGAAGCCAGACAGCAGCUCUGCUAAAAGAUCACAAACAACUGGUCAUUUAGUUGUCACCAUGCCAAAGGCUAAAGAAGUAAUCCUGGCUAAGCAAAAAGUUUCAGCUUCAAUUAAACAUUCUGACUGCAAUACACAGCAAAAAAACACGAGAAGGAGUGGACAAAUGGAGAAGUUAGAAGUGGAUCCUAGUAAAUAUUCAUUCCCUGAUGUGACAAAGAUAAUCCAAGAAAAGGAACAAACUGGACAGGGACCUAUAAAGCUCCAACCACAGAAGGUUACAGAGCCUAAGAUGAGCUGUGUUGAUUUGGGAAAUAAUGAAGAUGUUCCUCCCUUGAUUUGAAACAUUCUAAAAUAUUCCCUCUUGUUUUCAUUUUCAUGAUGGACAACAGUAGAAGAAAGGGUAUGGUUAAGAGUGAGAGGUAUUGCUGUAAUCUACCAUUCAUCACUGAAUCUCCAGCAUAAUGCACAGCUCCUGGAUUCUGGAGCUCGCCUAAUGCCAUGUCUUGAAGGUUUGGGGAGAAAAUAAAGAGAAACUUCAAGAAAAAAAAUAAGCUGAGUGACCUACAUUACCUUCCUUCUGCAUUUGUUGUUGUUUAUAAUGGAAAACUUCAUUUGGAAUAGAAAAUGCUUCAGAUUCAAAUCACCUUUUGCUUUUAGUCAAGAGCAAGCAAAGUCAGGAAGAAUCAAACAAUAUUUUCUGGUUAAAACUUGUUUUCAUCCUUAAAAUAGAAGAUUAAUAAGUUGCAGUUAUAACUGUACCACUGUUUAAGUUCAGAUAGUGCCCACAGUAUCCUCAGCACAUAGUCA